CCUCCUACUUCGCUUUUUCUCGCAUAUCGAGUCCCUGGAACUGGCGUCGGGCGCCAGGCCACCAGCGAGUGUGCGCAGGGACUCUAGGGACCGACGCUGGUUUGCCGAGGGACCCGCCUUGGUGAGGAUCGCGGUGGACUCACCGACAACCAUGCGCGCCUUCCCUGGCCUGCGGGGACCUCGGACGCCUCCGCCCCUGCUGCUGCUCCUCCUGUGCCUCCUGGCCGCGGCGCGCCCGAGCUUGGCGGACGGCCAUCCCCCAGCCUUAAGUUUUACAAGUCUACCUGUCCCAGAAGAAGUGCUGGCAAAAUCCUCUAACCUUUCCUUGGAAAGGCAUAACAUAUCACUGACUGAACAUUCCGAUGUUCCAGUAGAAAAAACAAUCACCUUACAAAGGCCUUCUAAUAUAGAACUCACAUGCCAGUUCACAACAUCCAGGGAUUUGAAUUCAGUAAAUGUAACUUGGAAAAAAGGUGAUGAACUACUUGAAAAUUACCUCAUCAAUGCAACAGGAAGCAUCCUGUAUACCCAGUACAUGUUCACCAUCAUUAAUAGUGAACAAAUGGGAAGUUAUUCUUGUUUCUUUCAAGAAGAAAAGGAACAAAGGGGCACAUUUAAUGUGAAAGUCCCUGAAAUUCAUGGAAAAGACAAACCAUUGAUCACUUAUGUGGGGGAUUCUACUGUCUUGCUAUGUAAAUGUGAAGAUUGUUUUCCUUUAAAUUGGACCUGGUACAGUAGUAAUGAGAGUGUACAGGUUCCUCUUGAUGUUCAAAUGAAGGAUAAGUAUGUGAUCAGUGGAACAAAUGCUAGUGAAACAAAACUCAAGAUAAUGCAUCUUUCGGAGAAAGAUCAGGGAUCUUACUGGUGCCAUGCAAUAUUCCAACUAGGCAAGAGUGAAGGCCAUGUUGAACUUGUCGUGCUGAGUUAUUUGGUGCCCCUCAAACCAUUUCUUGCAAUAACUGCUGAGGUGGUUCUUGUAGUGGCUAUUAUUCUCCUUUGCGAAAUGUACUUCAAAAAGAAGAAGCGCCCAGAUGAUGGGAAAGAGUUUGAACAAAUUGAACAGCUGAAAUCAGACGAUAGCAAUGGUAUAGAAAACAAUGUCCCCAGGUACAGAAAAAAUGAAUCUGCGGACCAAUGAAUGAGAAGCAUCACAUCAAGAGUCAUGGGAAGAUGUAACGGAGUUUCUGUUUCUGCUUUGUUAUGCUUCCUAUUAAGACUGAGUUUUUACUUUUAGGAAAAUAAAAAGUUUAUACAACAUGCUCAGCAGUAGCUUCGUAAAUAAUAUAUGCUAUCUCAGAUCUAAAGAUAUAUUUUCAUCUUAUAAUUAUUUUACACUAAAGCAAGGUAUACUGUAUUAAAUAUGUUCUGUGGGCUGUAACCCAGGAUAACUAAUUUCAUCCUGGUCCUCAAGGGACACAGAACAGACACCAGCAAAACCAGUUAAUAGUUCAUAGAGCUAGCUAAUGUCACUCAAGACCUGUUUAUAACCAAAGAAUUCAUGAAAAAGGAAGCCUUUGCCAUUUGUCUUUAAAAAUUUUUCCCCAAUCAUGCUUACAAUGUAUAGAAGUGUUUGUAAUAAUUUUCAUGUGGUGUUCAUCCUUCUGUCAUAUUAAAAAAAAGUGUGACUUUACUAGGAAAUGAAUACUUUCUUUCUGCCUUUGAUAUUGAUGGUCACUCUCUAUAAUCUCCACGAGAAAAACAUAGUUUUCCAUUUUCCUCCAAAAAUAUUGGUUUAAGGUAAGGAAAUAAAACCAUGCAACUUGCCCCAAAGCUCCAUCACCACAAAAGCAAACUUCCCAACCUUUAGUUCACUCAUCUCCACUGCUUUCCUACAUCAGGCUAAAGUGAUUCUUAGUCUUUAUGUAGAGCAUUGUUUUUUAAGCCAUUGGUUUUGGAUUUCUUAAGUUAUAUCUAGUAAUGAUGUUGUAGGGUGCAGAUCCAUACAGUCGUCAUACAGCACUGCUACAAGGAUGCUUCUGUGGUUCAUGGUUUCCUGGUAUCUUGACUUAGUACCUGGUUUUCCGGUGUCCAUAACUGUCUAAAUAUCUAAAACUGCAUUAUUAGUGCUUUACAAUACUAAUUGUUUUGUCUGAAAUCCAGAAGUACUAAAGUAUUUCUUCUAUGUUGUUGCAAAUACCUUAGAUUUUUCUUCAAAAAUAGAAUAGUGUCUAUUACAUAUCUGUAACAUUAUAAAGUAAUAUUACAUUGCAAUAUAAUAUUGUAUUGUAAUAGUAUAUUGUAAUAUUAUAACUGAAAUAUUAUAAAGUCACUCUUACCAAAUCGAAUGAAACCUGAAUAGACAUGAAAAGCUGUCAGUGGCUUUGAGUGGGAUAUUACGGUUAUACUACAGAAUCCUGGAUUGGGUUAAAGAUGGUGAUAUGAAAUCUGCUGGGUGUCCUUGGUGGUGCUGAGUGCAAUGCUCACAGUGCAUCAGAGUUCACAACAAUCAGAAGCAAAGAGGGACGUUUGGCAAGGAACCCACACAUUUUUGGUGACUAGGAGAUUAAAAUUUGGAGAAGAGUUCAAUUUUAUAAAGAAUGUUUUAUAGAAAUUUACACUAUGUGCUGACUGAGAAUAUUAUAAAAUUCUGGUAGUGGAAUUUAUAAUUUAUAUGGCAUCUAACUAAUGUUAAAAUAUUACUAAUGUAUGAAUAAUACACAUAAAGUAGUAACUUGGAAGCUGCUGAUUAUUUUGCUGUAGCAUUAUUUUGUGUAAAGCAUGUUAUCUAUAUACACAGGUUUAACUAAAAUAUGUCCCUUAAGUAAUGGCAGAUUUCACUUUAAUACUGGUCUCAGAGCCAUAAGCCAUACAUUUGUUUUGGUUUAAUUCAUUAUUAAUUUGAAAAAUUAUCUUGGGUGAUAUCUAUUAAUAUAUGAUGACAGAGAACCUAUCAGGUCACUGAAUUAACCUAAACAAUUUGAAUUCAGUGCAUUAGAUCUGUUAUUUGACUAAGUCCAAUUCAAAACAGUGUAUUUGUGGCUGGGUAUAUACAAAACCAAAAAACAAUAUGUAGCUCAUAUGCAGUAUGCAUCCUUCCAUUUUGCUACUAUACUACUAUUUAGGCUAAAAUACGUUUCAAGCAAGAAAAAUUGCUGCCCCAAGGAAAAGUAAUCUGAAAUAUUUAUAAAGUAAAUUUAAUUUUUAAGUGGCAGUGCUUGCUAUUUUUCCUAGCAAAGACAAUUUAUUUCGGUAACUUUAGGCAGAAAACGUACUCAGAAAAUUAAAGUUGAAUUUUGGCUUUUCAGAGUCUCUUUGGAUGGCUUCUGGAAAAUUACUUUACCGCUGUUAGAUUAAAAAUGAAAUGCUUCCAUUAACUAACCUCAUGGAGAUGAUAAAUGGAUUAAUUCAUAAUGAACAGUUGUAAAUUGACUAAAAAUACUAAGUGAGCAGUAGGAAAACCACUGCACAUUUAUAUAUUAGAUGCCUUGGGAAAUUCUAUUAAUCUUUCCAGCUAACAGGGUUUUAUAGCAUAUUAAGUAGAUUUAAUGAUGUUGUAAAAUUCCCAGACACUGUCAUAUUAGUUUAUAUUAUAUUAAUGUAAAUAGUCUCCCUUUGUAGUCUUUCUCUUUUUUUUCUCAGCAUCUAGUUACUCAGGCCAAAACCUAGAACUUGUGAUAUCGUCUUCUCCUCUAUUAACUAAUACAUAUCAGUCAUGAAUCUCUCUUCCUUAAACCUCCUGAAUAUCUCAUGAAUCCACCCAUUACCCACCCCCCCACUCACCCUAUGCAGCUGCAACAGCUAAGGUCUUCAUUUUCCUACCUCAGUCUCGUCUUUUAUUGAUCCAGUUUUUGCACUGCUGCCCAAAUAAUCUUUCUUAAAACACAAGCUGCACUAUGUAACUUAAUGCGGCAGCUUCAUGUCUGACCUCUGCGGGAUCCCCUUUGCCAUUUCUUAGUAUUGCAGUUUUCUAAAUUGCUAAUCUGUCUCUACGAAUAAUGUCUUGAUUUAGCUUUGGUGUACAGAGAAAUUCAGUGCUGGCCCCGCACUCCUCCCAAUGGACGAAUUCGAGUGUAGCUGUCAAGACUUUAAUCUGAUGUUAUUUCCCGGCAGAUCCCUCCUACCCAGUGGAGUGUGUACCAUCUUAUGUGCUCAGAUAACCACACAUCUCUUUGUUGUUAUUACCCUGUAUUGUAAAUAUACAUUUAUUUGCAUCCUCCUUGGAUUCUGCUUUUCAUUGUGUCCUGCCACAGAGAGGGGACAUUAGAGAUGUCAUGAAGUGUGUGUUGAAUAAAUGUCUAAGUAAAAAUCAAUCAAAUUUCAUAAAUUUGUUCUUAUUUUUAAAAGAACAAUCUAAAUUAUGACAUCAGAAUUUAGUAAAUAAAAUAUUUGACAGA